AAAAUCUAGUGAAAAUAUAAAGUUAUUGCAUACAUGUUGUUCAAAAUGCAGUACAAACUAUAUUUUAUAACAUUACAAUACAUUUUGCUGAUAGAAUGUUCAUUUAUCGAUAAGAACAAUAGCGAGGUAUUCAUAACAUAUUCCGGUCACAGUGAUUUAGACAGACCGAUGAAGAAACCGGUAACAAACCCAGAUAACGUUACCGGAGAAGAUAAACGUAAUGAAGAAGCGAAGAAAGAACCAGUGACAGAAAAUAGAGAAGCUGGGACAGAUGGGAUAGUGUUUAUACCAAACGAUAAGCCGGUUUUUAGGAAUGAAGAUGCCGUUUAUGAUGAUGGAGUCAAAAUUGAUGAUGUUAUUAAUAGUAGGAGAAUAGGCGGUUUGAUGAGGGAUGAUAAAAUCCGUAUAGCUGAAACAGAAUCUCCGAAAACAGACAUCGUAUUCGUGUCCGGUAAAAACAAUGAGAACGUCGAAAAACCGGUGAAAUCCAAGAAGCAAGACAGACAAAACUCCGCGAACCACAGAACUGUCAAAGUUAACACAAAAAGAUUAAAUUGUACGCAUCUGAAUUGCAGCAAUACCAUCGACUCAGUUUGUGGGGGGAAGGAGGAAAACAAGCAGUUUAGGUAUAGACUGUUCCUGAACGAAUGUUUCUUUCGGAAAGUUAACUGUGGAUUUCAGCAUGCAGCUAACCGAUACGAAAUGGUACCUGUGGAGUACUGCAAAAAUAUAGGCGCUCACUACCUCACCAGGCCGUACGCGUUCAAACCUGUACCCCUACCCCAAAACGAAGCAGCAAAUGUGGAAACUAGAAGGACCUUCGCUUCUAGAAGGUCUCUAAACAUGGGCGUGGAUGGAAGCUUCUGUGCCCACGCUUGCCCAGCUUCCUGCACAGAGGAGUAUGACCCUCAAUGCGCGUUGUCCAGCAGUGGGCAAAGGAAGGUGUUCCUGAACCACUGCAAACUCGACUACAACUCGUGCCUUUAUAAAGUCGUGUGGCAUCGCAGGCCGCUGUCAGAGUGCGUGGGGGGUAAAAAAGCUGACAUGACCCAAAAUAGAGGCUUCAUUGGAUGGAUGCAACGUGUCGGAAUUGUAGAUAAGAAAGGAAGACUGGUGCUUUCAUAAUAUUCAGCCAGCUCAACUUUUUGCACCCCUCAUAAGCGGAGCGUGAGGGGCUCGUCAGAGCAGCGGAGGCCAAUAUGGCGGCGCCUAUAGUUCGCAUCAGCUGAUCGUGUAGUGCUCCAUGAAGUAUUGGUUACAUUUAUGAACUGUGAAGUCAUGAUGAAGAUGGAAUUGAUAAUAGAAUAAUUGAAAAUUAU